AUGCUGGUGAUAAAGAGCAAGAAGUCAGAACUGAUGCUGUAUAUUUAUUCUUAUUUUAUUGAAUUCGAUAGAGACACUUAAAAGCAGGUAAAACCUAAACAGCUCCGUCUGCUGCUUAAUCCCAGGACGAACUAAAUACAUCUAGGCAAUGGUAGAGAUGACCUACUAACUUAACUUGAAAGAUAAGCUUAAAGAGAUGGGCUUACCUAUAUAGAAGAGUUAGUUUUUGAAAACGGUGCAGUCUACAAGGGUUACUUGAAAGACUAACAAAGACAUGGUCCAGGCAUCCAAGUCUGGCCAGACGGUGCAAAGUAUGAAGGAGAAUGGAGAUUCAAUAAAGCUAACGGCAAGGGAAAGUUCUGGCAUGCAGACGGAGAUAUUUAUGAAGGUGAAUGGGAAGAUGAUAAAGCCAAUGGGUAUGGUGUUUAUGUACAUGUUAACGGUGCGAAAUACGAAGGGCAUUGGAAAAAUGAUUUACAAGAUGGAUAUGGUGUAGAGUCUUGGUCAGAUGGCAGUAAGUACGAAGGAGGAUAUAAAGAAGGCAUGAAGCAUGGGAAAGGUACCUAUGUAUGGAAUGAUGGAUCCACUUAUAGUGGUGAAUGGUACGAGAAUAAAAUCAAUGGUAGAGGUAUUUAUGAAUGGCCAGAUGGUCGUAGAUAUGAAGGAGAGUGGAAAGAUAACAACAUGCACGGAAGGGGACUCUACACAUGGAAAGAUGGUAGAAGAUAUGAAGGUGAAUAUCUCAAUGAUAGAAAGCAUGGGUUCGGCACGUACACUUGGCAAGAUGGAAGAUAGUACAUUGGCUAAUGGUAAAAUGGAAAACAGCACGGUGAAGGAAGCUAUAGACAAGCAAAUGGAUAAGAAAGGAAAGGAGUCUGGGAAGACGGGAAGAGAAUUAUGUGGCAUGACGAGUGA